GAAAACCGUUGCUAAGGCUACAGGAUUGUGCUGGUAUAUGUGUGAGUCUCGAUCUCUGCGAUGAUGAGAUGAAGAAGAACAAGAAAUCCAUGGCUCUUACUAGAGUUUUGUGACUCCAAUGUCUGGCUGUGCUGCUCAUUUAUGGGAGACUUCAUCAAAGAGUCCUGCCUUUCUGCUUUGUGGUGACGAGAUGUUGCUGGUGCCUCUGAAGUGUGAACGCAGUAUGUGUUUGAGAACGCAGCCCAUCUCUGAUGCAGUAUAUGACCACUGAACCCUGUAGAGAUUCUGGCUCCAUGUGCAGACGCAGCAUUACUACUCAUCUUGAUGGAGGAGGGAUGGUGGCAAAGUCCCGCACAAACUCUGACUCCCAUCAGGAUUGCUUCUCUCCUCUGGAAUCAGCUUCUUAUUAAAUCAUCACAGUGAAGCUCUCCGUCAGGUCAUUCUAUUCUGUUUUCCUGUCUUGUGACAUUUCAUGGCCAGUGUCUCCUUUGAUUCUGCUUGCCACAACAUGGUUGUCUCAAUGUCUGUGCGAGCAAGAAGCCAGUAUGUAUGUAUGCUGUAAUUAAUGCUGGUUUCGCGUCAGCUGUUUGUCGUUUGACUACGUAGUGGUCAUAGUUUCGCUUUUCUUAAAAGUGGAUCUUGUCAACAUGGGCUGUGUGUUCUCCUUACCAGAAGACCGACUAGUCAUGGUGGACAGGGCUCCAACAACUAGGGAAACCAGUUUUAUUGAAAAAAUGAAGAAAACGGGCAAGAACAUCAUUGUGUUUUAUGGCUCGCAAACGGGCACAGGUGAGGAGUUUGCCAAUCGACUCUCUAAAGAUGCUCAUCGCUACGGCAUGAAGGGGAUGGUAGCAGACCCAGAGGAAUAUGAUAUGAGCGAGCUCUCUCGUUUGACUGAGAUUGAAAACUCUUUAGCGAUCUUCUGCAUGGCCACAUAUGGAGAGGGCGACCCCACUGAUAAUGCUCAGGACUUCUAUGACUGGUUACAAGAGGGCGAUGCUGACCUCAAAGGGGUUAAAUACACAGUGUUUGCUCUGGGCAAUAAGACAUAUGAGCACUACAAUGCCAUGGGAAAAUAUGUGGACAAGAGACUGGCCGAGCUGGGAGCGCAGAGGAUCUUUGAUCUAGGAAUGGGAGACGAUGAUGCAAAUCUUGAGGAGGACUUUGUGUCAUGGAGAGAGCAGUUCUGGCCGGCUGUUUGUGAACACUUUGGAGUUGAAGCAACUGGUGAAGAAUCCAGCAUCCGCCAAUAUGAGUUGAAGGUACACACUGAUCUGAACAUGAAUAAGAUCUACACUGGAGAACUGGGACGCCUCAAAAGCUUUGAGACCCAGAAGCCGCCUUUCGAUGCAAAGAACCCUUUCCUGGCACCUGUGACUGUGAACCGUAAACUUAAUAAGGGUGGAGACCGACACCUGAUGCACCUGGAGCUGGACAUCACAGGAUCUAAGAUCAGGUAUGAAUCAGGAGACCAUGUUGCUGUGUAUCCCAUCAAUGACACGGCUAUAGUGAACCGGAUUGGUGAGAUCCUUGGAGUGGACCUUGAUACUGUUAUCUCCCUCAAUAACCUUGACGAGGAAUCCAAUAAGAAGCAUCCGUUCCCCUGCCCCACCUCGUACCGCAUCGCCCUGACACACUAUUUGGACAUCACAAACUCUCCACGCACAAAUGUGCUGUAUGAACUGGCUCAAUACGCCUCCGACCCCAAAGAACAGGAGAACAUGCGUAAGAUGGCCUCCUCCUCACCUGAGGGCAAAGCGCUGUAUCAGAGCUGGGUCCUGGACUCAUGCAGGAAUAUUUUGGCUAUUCUUGAGGAUUUGCCUUCUUUGCACCCACCUAUCGAUCACCUGUGUGAGCUUCUUCCACGACUGCAGGCGCGCUACUAUUCCAUCUCAUCCUCUUCCAAGGUCCAUCCCAACAGCAUCCAUAUCUGUGCUGUAGUGGUGGAGUAUGAGACCAAGACAGGACGUGUCAACAAAGGGGUUGCCACUAACUGGUUGAAGAACAAAUUACCAACCGAUAACGGACACAAGGCCACAGUGCCCAUGUACAUCCGCAAAUCUCAGUUCCGCCUGCCCUUCAAGUCCACCAACCCAGUGAUUAUGAUUGGGCCUGGCACCGGCAUCGCACCCUUCAUGGGCUUCAUUCAGGAGAGAGGAUGGCUCAAAGAACAAGGCAAGGAAGUUGGAAAUACAGUAUUGUACUUUGGAUGCCGUCACAAUAACGAGGACUUCCUGUACCAGGAGGAACUUGAAGAGUUUGAAAAGACUGGCGUUCUGACGGAACUCAAUGUGGCUUUCUCCAGAGACCAGGCACAGAAGGUCUAUGUGCAGCAUCUCCUAAAGAACAACAAGGAGACCGUUUGGAGGCUGGUUCACACAGACAACGCACACAUCUACAUCUGCGGAGAUGCACGAAACAUGGCACGGGACGUGCAGAACUCCUUCUACGAGAUCGCCGAGGAGCUGGGUGGAAUGAGCCGCACUCAAGCUGUAGAUUACAUCAAGAAACUGAUGACAAAGGGACGCUACUCGCUGGACGUCUGGAGUUAAAUGGCCUGUCAGCAGUCAAACAUUCCUGAUUUGGGGAUUUUUUUAGGGAUUGGUUUAAAUGUGUUUGCUAUUAUCACUCUGACAUGUUUGUCAAAGAAAGGAAACAUUGGCACAUAACACCUCAUUCUGAAAAGAAACCAUGCUGAAUUCAACACAAAUGGCUUAUGGUAGGGUAUAUGCGAAAAAAUGAAAACUAAAUUUAAAUAUACUGUAUAUAUAAAACAAAGGCAUUUUGUAGAAUAUUGACUGUGGAAUCUCCUUCGGAACAUCUUAAUUAUGGUAUGUUAAUCUGUUUAAUUAGAGAGAGGGAUAUUAACUAUAGCCUUCUGUAUUAUGCAUAGAACUUUAUAAUCAAACGUGGUCAUUUUUAGUCAUUGCCAAGUGCAUUGGAAUGGGUUGAUGACUCUCUAGAUGAUGUGACUUUAGCUGUUAUAAAACUAAAACCGCUUUGGCAAAGAUCGCUGCCUUCUUUAGGUGGAGAGACUCGCACGUUAUUAUGCACAUAUGACUAGUUGUUCUUAAUAUGCUUAAUAUCGAUUUCUUAAACCGUGCAAAUGUGCAUUUGCUCUUUGAAGGUGGAUCACAAUUUUGCUUCUAGUUCUACCUUGAGUAUCGAGAUUUUCACUUUUUCUUUUUGAAAGUUGGCUGAAUAUGAAUGUAACCCCAUUUCAAACUGGAUGCCCCAUUUUAUUCUUCUUUGGGGUGCUCAGAAAUGCCUAACCUAUUCUUUUCUCUGGUAACUACUGUACGAGUUAUGGAGUUGACUAUUAAAUCUGUGCUGGUCUUGUGUAAAUAAGGCUGAUACACUGACAAUGGGACGAAUGCUGGUCUAGUGCCUUAUUUAAAGUGUAGUUUUCAUUCAUAGUGAAACUUGAAGAUCAGCAUUGCUGCUGAGAAUUUCACAAUUUUUUAGGAUGAUUCAAUUAUAUAUAUACUUGGAGAUGCUUUUUUUGACAUCCGGUUUUAUAUGCAACUAUUGUUUCCUACACAUUACUACUACUUGGCAUGUCUUUUUAAUUAAUAAAAUUAUAUUGUAACAUCAUCCAUGUCUUUUGACUGUU